UUUUUUUUCAGUACCUAAUGUUUUGGUGAAUUUUGUACACCCUACUUUCAUGAAUUUUACAAGAUUUUUAAUAUUACUGUACAUACUUUAAUGUACUCGUGAUUAUUUAAAUCAAUACAAUAUUCGUUAUGAAUCAGUCUUGCAUAUUUUGCCUUUCACAUGAUAGAUAUUUACUGCCAUUGGACACAUCUUCCUAUCUUACUGUUUACCCAGGUUUUAAAGAAGAUAUUAAAGAAUACAUACAUCAUCUACAAACGGAAAACUUACUGAAACUAUGUUGGGAGUGUCAGAGGAAAAUUAUGAAUAUAAAGAAAUUUAUAAAAACAGCACAGAAAUGUGCACACACACUCAAAAUGUUUUUGGAGUAUCCUACAGGGGAUCUUCCAAAAUCAGAAUCAAGGCUACAAAUAACAACAGCAGACAUUAUAGACAUAUCCCCUGUUUCUGUGAUAGGAACUAUGUUGGAGGAACCACCUAAAAUUGAACAAAACAUUGAUGAAUUAGAUGUGAAAUUAACUGUGGAACCGUUAGAACCAGAGAUACAGACUAAUAUAAACUUGGAUGUCAUUAAAAUAGAAGAUACUUUUGAUGAGAAUUCUACCCAUUAUGACAACACAUGCUUGAAUGAUGAUUCCGAUGAUGACGUACCUCUCAUUGUGAAAGCUACAGCCCUGAGUCCCUUGAAGACUAAGAAAUCUAUUAAAAAACCAAAGAAUACAAAAAGAAAACAAAUUCGUAAAGGAAAUGUAAAGGUAAAGGUAAGUCAUAGCCCUUAUUAUUAAUUGUCUUCAAAAAAGGAGCAGCUUCACAAU